AUUCUCUUUCUUUGUAUGUUUUCAGAGUGUAAAAUUGACAAUUGUGAAGCAUGCUUCAGUCGCAACUUUUGCACAAAAUGUAAGGAGGGCUUGUAUUCACACAGUGGCCGAUGUUAUGUCAGCUGCCCUCCAGGCAAGCACACCGCCAAUAACACCAUGGAUUGUGAUGGUCAUCAUGCUUCAGAGUGUGAACUAGGAGAGUGGAGCCAAUGGAGUUCCUGCAUGAAGAAGAACAAGACAUGUGGAUUUAAGAAGGGCUCACAAACCCGGGUUCGUUCACCCCUUCCCCAGAUUCACAGUGUGGACACCUCCCCUGCUUAUGUGCCCUCACAGACCUGUGCUCCAGAGACAGAAAGGAGGAAGUGUGUUGUGACCAAGACGCCUUGUCCUAGAGACAAAAAGAAUAAGAGCAACAGACAGGAUGACACAAACAGGAGAGAAAAUGCACGAGGGAGAGGACGAGAAGGCAAAGGAGGAGGUGGAGGGGGGAAGCGGAGAAAAGGCCAGAGCAGGACCACCACGGCUUCCACCGUCACAACCAGCGCCGUCACCUAAACUCUGAAGCCUGCUGGGUGAGGACAGGAGAAAAACUGAGACGGUGCCUUGCCCAGCAGCACCAGAAAACACACAGACAUGAGUGCAGAGGGAAAAAGUUACUGCUGCUAUGCUGCAUUGUAGAAGAUGCAAUGAGAACUGGAGGACUGCUUCAACAAAAAGGUUUUCUGAAGCUUUUGGAAAAAAAAAAAAAAAAAUCCUGCGGAUCUUGUGUUAUUCGGACAGCCUUGCUGGUUUCCAUUUGAAAUCACAGUUGGAUAGCGAAGCCACAUUGCAAAUUGUGGUUUGGUUUGGUCUGUGUCAUAAACUGAUUGUACUAAAACUCUUGGACAGGUCUUUCUUUUCAAAGUGCAGCAUUAAGCAGGAAGGUUGAUUCUUCAUGAAGAUUUUCUAAAGUCUGUUUAGGCAGACAAAAUGUAUAAUUUCCAGCCUGAUUGUAAUCACAAUCUGUAUUUCGUUUGUUUUUGUAUUUUUGGAGAGGUGUCUGAUGGAGUUCCUCAAACGUCACAGCGCAUGAUGUGGAGACAAUGAACAGCACCGUUAUUUUCUGUAGGGAGUUGAAACAAAACAAAGUCACUGGAAACGAAUCAUGGCUGCUGAGGAUCAAAAGUCAUUGGUGAGCACAUUUGAAGGCAUCUGGUACAAAAACAAGAAUAACCAAUCAUAUCCUUCAUAUCCAUAACCUUCUGUGGCUUCUAAGCAAAAAUACAAUAUCAUUGCUUUCUGACUGUUUUAAGUGAAAUAUUUUAUCUGAAUAAAAGAAUAUCUGCACAAGAAUUAAUAUUUGCAUGAUACUAAGUAGCAUUUGUGUACAAGUGCAUUUGUGUGCAUUUAAAUCUACCUGAAGUAUUCGUGUUUGCGUAGUUUAUAUGCAUAUCUGCACGGAUUUAAGUGUUCGACGGAUCUUUGCUGUGUGAACAUGAGUAGUCAACGUUUGGACAUACAGUUUGUCUUAUUACUCGUCUCAUAGACUGAAGGAACUAAGUCUGGAAAAUAAAUGGAAGGACAUAUAGACGCACAUUAAUAUAUAAGAACCACACUUGCCAUUACACUAGCCGUCAAAUAAGCCCUGUCAAUAACCAGAAUGUAACAUGAUCUGAUGAUUUUGCACAACUGUAAUGUUUUCCUACUGCUCAUAUUUCAGAACAAUCACAGCAUUUUACGUUUUCGAAAACUGACUACAUCGCAUACACGGAAUGCUUUUGGUCUUUCAGUAAAUAUCUGAAGAUGCUACAUGGUACUUUAUUCAUUCUUUGAUACUAUGGAUUGAGAUAUGUAAUAUGUCAAGAUGUGUUUACCAGUAUUAGUAUCAUUAUGUAUAGCUUUUUUUCUGUGAAAGCCUGAAUAAAAUACAGAUGACGCUGGUGAUGCAUCAGUCGUACACUAGA